CUAUUCACCUGGUAUUGUACAAUAGUUGUAUUAUUCUUUACAUCAACUGUGAGGAAAAUUAGCAUUUUAAAAACCUUCAGUCUCACAUACAGUAUUUCAAAUUAACCCCAGAGAGGGCGAAAUUGGUGUUCUCAUUUUCACUUCACUCGCGCUGGUUAAAACGGCAAUUUGCACUUAUUAAUUUUUUGCGCGUUUGAAAAUUCACCGGUGUUGGAUGUUGGAUGACGGCCAAUAAGUAGAUUGAUUUCACUGUACUGCCGAACCAAAGAAAAGGCACAUGAUGAGUUAGAAAGCGCUGAUAAAUAAUUCAUCUGUCCUAAAAAAAGGAGUUUUCAAUUUCGCCGUUCAGUUGUACGGGUGGUUGCUAUGUUAUGCAUAAACACAGUGGCCUCGUAAGUUCUAUCAAUUCCUUGCGUUCGCGCUUGAAUAACAAGAAGGGCUACGAUGAAGCAGAAUUUAUCAUACUCAAGGCAAAUGAUGACGGGCACUCGAAAAAUAUAAAUGAAGAGCUUUUAAAGAUUUCAUCGGAGUCCAAAUGGGAUGCGGAACAUCAAAAACGCUGCAGGUGAAUGCAGAUGUCACUGAAGCUUCCAAAGUGAAGCAAGUUCAUACAGAAGAGAAUGGAAGUCGAGGCUUCAAUCCACGGAGUGAAGGAACUGCACCGAACCAGUACGACUGCAAUGAGGACGUGCAUUUGACGAGAACUGAAAAAAAGACAUCUGCCGGGCAUAUUAAUCCGCCGCAACACAAAACCUUUGAGAUCGGUGACAGCGUACACGUUCUUGGUUAUGUUGGAGUUGUGAAGUUUGUUGGCGUCACUGAGUUAGGUGAAGGGGAGUGGAUUGGCAUUGAAAUGCGGCGAGAACUUGAGCAAGGGAACGACGGAUCUUACGAGGGACUUCAGUACUUUCCUUGUGCGCCCAAACGCGGUGUCUUUGCAAGACCUUCGGUGGUAUUUCCCCAUUCGGGUUCACAAGACAAGCCAGACAAAAUCAACACUAUUUCACCUGCUGUUCUUGCGCUUUUGCAAAUUCGAUUACGACGCACACUUUCAGCAAUUCGAAGGCGAAAACUCCAGCUUCGCACGGAUAUCGAGAAGGCUGUGGAUGUCCAUGUUAAGGCAACACCGAGAAGCGAAACGGAGAGCGUCAUUAAACUUAGCCACUAUCUCACAGAGCCGUAUGAAACCUUGACAAGCAAGGCCCUCGCUUGUUAUCGAUGGAUAACAACCAACGUGCACUUUGAUGUAGAGGGAUACUUCGAAAGAGCGAUCAAGAAACGCACCGAUGCCGAAAGUGUGUUGCGGGACCGUGUUACAUCAAGUGAAGGUUACGCAACCCUUUUUGAGGAGCUGUGCCGAGCGUCCAACGUCCCAGCUAGGAAGGUAAAGGGUUUUGCUAAAGGCUAUGGCUACCAGAUGAGGCAAAAGAUUCCAGAACCGAACCACACAUGGAACGUGAUAAGAGUUAGCGGUGGAAAGUGGUUCAUUUGUGACCCGACUUGGGGCGCUGGACAACUUGGAAAGGACAUGAUGUUUCACAGAGAUCCCAAUGUCCAUCAAUUCAUGAUUCCCCCUUCUGCUGCGAUUACAAACCACUUCCCUGUCGAAGAGAAAUGGCAGUUUUUGGAUCACCCCAUCACAAAGGAGGCCUUCGAGAGAUUGGCUGUUCCUUCUGGACAUCUGCGCAUGAUGAAUGUAGAGCUGUGUAGCCAUAGAGAGAGCAUGUACACGGCAUCGGACAGCGAGCAAAUUGAAAUGACAUUUUACGUCACGGAUAGCACUAUCUUGAAAGGAGUAUUGAAGAGCGAUGUCGCAGGAAGAGAGAGAGCUACUCGACGGAACAUGGUCCUUGCCGAGCCCGAUCGUCAAAAAGACAAAGUCAAACUGACAGCUCAGUUUCCCUCCGCCGGGGAAUUUUUCUUAGACGUUCUGGUCCUGGUGGACUCCAGAUGGGAACAUGGGGUCCGAUAUUGCAUUUAUUCCACGGCUGGUGUUGGAGAGAGCAGAGGUGGAUUUCCCACUGUAAGCCUGAAUUUAAAGUCCCUGGGGUUUCGGUUGUAUAGCCCUUUGACGAAUAUCGAAACCAAGCAUGGAAAAUGCAGUGUUGACGUGAUUUGCUACAAAAAGCGGUUCAGCGGGCUCGCGGGAAAGUUAAUGAAGACGUCGAGUGUGGGAACCAACCAAACGGAAGAUCCUCAUUUGUGCUGCAGUGAAAAAACUGAAAAUGGUUUUCGUCUCAAAGUUCACCUGCCAUGCAAAGGGGAAUACAAGCUGAGCGUUUACGCUAAAUAUUACGAUCACAGUAAACCAGACGAAUUUCUAUGCACAUACUUUGUCACUUCCUACAAAGGAGUCGGCCCCAUGGCUGGAUUUCCUGUGGUUACAGAGAGGCUACGACUCUGGGGUCUAACUCUUUCAAGUCACUCGGAAAACAUUUUCGCAGAAAAUGGGCGCUCUUCUAUCAUCCUGAAAAACCCCAAAGGUGUUUUACUGUCAGCGCAUCUCACGCUAAAUGACAAUGAUCUUCAUGGAAUGUGUUCUGUGGAAAACAUGGAAAAUGAGUCCACAGUUCACGCACAUGCUCCUGAAAGUGGCGUGUUUACGCUAAACAUCUUCGGUCGUAAAGCCGCUGAUGGGAAAUCUGAAUUCCUGUGUUCCUACGCUAUCAAAGCUCUCAAAGGUGUAAGCGACAAUCCAGGCUUUCCUCAAAUCUCAGAACUGUUUAAGAAAUGGCAGAUAGAAUUGAUAGAUCAACACGAGAAUAUUUUGUCGGAGAGCGGCCGAACAUCAUUGAAGCUUAAGACACCUGGAAGCGUCUUAAUCCAAGCCACUCUCCAUCAAAACGAAGAAAAUCUCCCUCAUGAACUGUGUUUUACCGAAAGGGAAGACUCUAUCAGCAAAAUAUGCGUGCAUUUGCCGACCGCCGGGUUGUACAAACUCAACAUCUUCGGACGCGAGGGGCCCGGAGCCAAGGGACAGUUCCUAUGUUCGUUCAGUUUGCUGGCGACGUCGGGAUUCGGUGAAAACCCGGGAUUCCCGCGGAUCUCCGAUGAGUUUCGGGCGUGGGGUCUCCGCCUGGAAAGCCACCGGCAGAACAUCACUGUGUACGAUGGUUCCGUGGCUAUCACUUUCAUUAAUCCAAACGCUAUCAAGCUCAUUGUCUGUCUGUUAGACGAAAACGAGGUAACCCACGUCAAAUCAUGUUUGAGAACAGAUCGAGCUGAUGAGAGAGAGGUGAUUUAUUGUCAGCUUCCCAGUAAAGGGAAGUACAGAUUGGACGUGUUUGGGAAAAACUCUGCAGAUGCCAAGAAAAAACUGUUCUUGUGCAGUUACUCAAUCUAUUAUUAGAUCUACAUGUUUAACCAGGGGGUACUCCCCGAAAUUUUUAGUGGUAUGGGGGUGCGCGUCUUUAUUUCAGACCAAAACAUGUAAUUUUCAACACCCUAUUUCAAACGUGUCCCAAACGUUGAUAUUCUAUUACAGAUCACUAGAAUUAGUACACGUCUCUGAUACAUGAACUGAGUUAACCUGAAACCUGGACCUGGAAUGGCUUCCUAUGAGUACACAUUCGGGAAGGCCUUCGAAUUUUCCGAUUUCAAUGGAUAAAAUAUUGUAUUAGUUUCAUCUUAACAACGUGCUGUCUCAUACCAAAAUGGUCAAAAUUUAUUCCCCUAUUUCAGACCAAAACGGCCCUCCCUCUUUGGCUCCACACAGCUAAAAAGUUUGCAUAAGGGAGUACUUCCUGGGGAGGAAUAUAAUAUGCGUGAAAACUGAAUGGGUUUGUUUACUUUGCCAAUGUUUUGAUACCUCGCAGGACAUUAAAUAUUUAGAACGUCGGCGAAAAAAAUUCAAUAUAGUUCGCUAAGGGUUUUGCUAAUUAUGAACCCAAACUUUAUUAAUUCCACAAACACCGUACCCCGAAACCCUUCCAAAACGUCCACUUUCGGCUUUCUCGUUCAUGCGCUUUGCAUUUACACGACGUGUCGUAGAAUUACUCAGAAUCCUUGACGAAUUCUGCGGCCUUUUCUUCAAACACAGUUUGUUCUCCUUGUGUGCAUGUACCCACCUAAUGAGUGUGUAAUUACGACGUACGCGUAAGAACUCUGCGCUAUGUAUUUAUAUCGACUCAAUACAUUAUAGCCUUACUGAACUAAGCUCACAAAAAAGCUUGUUAAUGAGUUGUAAUGAGCAAAGUAAGGGAUAGCCAUACAUUUCAAUUAAAAACUCUCAUUACGAGUUUAUUGAACAGGUGUAGCCAUAUGUUGAUAUCUCAUUAAUUUUUUCACUUUACAACUUAUUUGCAUAAAGUUGAAGAUAUGCUUCCCAGCGGUGUUGUUUUUCUUUCAAAACUCGACUAAAGAAAUUUUAUUUUUACCGAAACUGCCAAAGAACGCAGGAUGACUGUUCGAAACAAUAAUGUUUUCUCACGCCACAACAAUCGAUUAAAUUAUUGAAAGGUUUUCUCAGUUUGAAAUAACUGGAGCAAAACCAAAAGGAAAGACAUCACAUACCGAACCAACAUAAUUUAUUAGCCAACAGAACUUGAAGCCAAGCGAAACAUAUAACAAAUGGCAAGCACGGGAAAGCAAUCAUCCGAUGGUAAGAGCGGGAAAACA